AUGCCGGUAGUAGCCCGAACAAAAGCAGAUCUUAACACACAGCUACUUCAGAACACGAAUCAUAUCAAAAUUGUAAGCCAUGGCCGCAGAUAUUUUUCGCAUUAUUCGGUGAUGUUCAAUGAAUUAGAAUAUUACCUGUCAAAAUUAGCAAAGCUUGUUCUCUACGAAGAAUCUGACCUGGAUGGUUUACAGUUCUAUUUCAACAAUAGUUUGGUAAAGGUUGAUUGCGGGACGGGUAAUACCGAGAUUGUAGAAUAUGAGCUAAACAAGGAACAAUUCAUCGAAACGGUCAAAGUUGUGUACAUGGCAGCUGCUAAUGGCAAAAAGAUUGUUUUUAUCAAUGAGCUGAAGGAUAUCAACCCUUAG